UGCCGUCUGCUUUUUGGAUUUUUAAUUGAUAUUAGACUUAUAUUAUUGCACUCUGUAUACUGGCCAUUUACCCGUCAAGGAAUAGGUUGUUCUCAAACUGUUAUCAUAUUUUUAUCAUCAGGGGGGAGGGGUGGAGUUCAAAUCCCCCACCCCUAUACUCCCCGCAAUGUUUUAUGCCAUUAUUGGAUAAUCCAAUUGGGAAAUAGGCUGAAGAGGCGAAAUAUGCCCCCCUGUCCAUGCCUUGUCUAUUUAUCCAAUGGUAUGUCCCAGUAUGCCAAUUUUUUAUACGGAUUUCAGUCUAAAGGAAAGGACUUUAUUUGUCUUAGAGGAUCCACUGAAACAAACUAGAGAGCAUAAGAACAUUUGUUUUGUGUUUUCCAAUGUAUCAAGACUUUCCUGAUCAGAAUUGUUUUCUUGGCUGAUAAGCACCCAGGACCAGGAAGCAAGGGAUGUGGAAAACUUAGAGCACUUGGAGUUGCAAGAAUGCUGCUUUAAGUCCCAUGUUUUUUUAUGCCUGAAUGCUUCAUUGAUGUUGUCUUUUUUAACAGGGACAUCUUGGGUACAGCAAACUGUUCUCAAACUAUAACCAUGUCAAAGACUACUCCUGUGCCAGAUAAUCCAUAUGACUUCCAAUUUAAAGGAUGUUGUUUCCCAAAAAGGGUAGUCACACCAGAAUACCUUGAAUCACUUAAAGACUUUUACAUUCGGGACACUGAUGUUUUCUUAGUGACAUAUCCAAAGUCAGGGACAUCUUGGGUACAGCAAAUACUCUGUUUACUGUAUUAUGAAGGACACCGGACUGGCACAGAAAGCAUUAAAACUGGUGAAAGAAUGCCAUGGAUUGAAUUUAAUUUUAGGAAUAUUGAUUUUGAUUCUCGCUCAUCACCACGUCUUUUUACAUCGCAUUUACCUUAUCAUCUUGUUCCACAGGACUUGAAAAACAAGAAAGCCAAAGUAAUAUACGUGAUCAGGAAUCCAAAGGAUGUUAUGAAUUCUUAUUAUCAUUUUGAAGAUAUACUUGAAAUUGAAGUUCAGAAAUCCACAAACUUUGAGAAAUUUAUGGAGAAAUUUUUGGCUGGAAAUGUAAGCCCUUGUACUUGGUUUGAUCAUGUUCGAGGAUGGUACACACACAGUGAUGAUUUGAAUAUUCUCUUUGUUAAGUAUGAAGAUAUGAUCAUGGAUCUACACUCUGCAGUUAUCCAGAUCAGCACAUUUUUAGGGAAAGAGUUAGACGACGGGUUGCUGGAUACUGUAGUAAGGUGUGCAACAUUCAAACAUAUGAAAACUGAUUCACGGGCAAACAAAGAUGAUGUGCCAGGUAUACUUCUUAAGGGAAAAGGAGACUUCAUGCGUAAAGGUGUAAUUGGAGACUGGAAAAACAUAAUGACUGUGGCCCAGAGCGAAAAAUUUGAUGAAAUAUAUCAAGAAAAAAUGAUGGACCUGCCAGUAAACUUAACUUGGGACAUGCAAAAAGAACUAGAAUAAAGGAGUGUCUUGAAAAUUGCCAAACAAAGCUACAGCAGAAAUAGGAUCUUGUUAAAUAUGCUAUCUAAAUACAUCUGACAUGCUAUAAACCGGUUCUCUACUCUAAGAAAAAAAUCCAUGAUGGCUUCCUCACCACUUUUCUCACCCGACUGGUGAGAAGGGCCUGUUGGUGACUCUCCCUCCCUCUACAAAAAAAUGACAGGAACAAUAAAAAUACAAGAACAGUUAGCCUUCCAAGAUAGGAACAGACUCGUGUGAAAAAUAAAUGUGUUGCUUCCAUUAAAUUUAUACAAAUUGGUUUUGCAAACAAAUUAUUAAUAAUAAGUAAUCAGAUUUGAAGUUUCAUAUUGUGUUAUCCCUAUAAUCUCCUAUAAUGCAUUUCCCUGAUCUAUACCAUUUUUUUCUGAUCCCUGAAAAAUGAAAAAUCUGGGUUCUACUGUAAUCUUAACUUAAUGAGCAAAAGGAGUUAUGUUUUUAUAGCUUUGGCAUAGUUUUAGCAUAGUGGAUUUGCAAAAGGCAAAGUUCUCCCAACAACUUUGAAGACAUUGUUAGGAUUUACAAUAGUUUCAUUUCUGUUGUAUUUAUGCUCAGAGAGCAAUAUGUUAAAUCUGCCCAUAGAUGUCAGGCUAUGCCAGCAUAACUACGAAAUCUACACUAAUUUUUGUAACUUAAACCAAUUAUUUUCAAAUACACUUAAAUGUGAAUACACUGAACAUGUUAUUUUGGCAUAUUUAUAAGGAUGCCACCUGACCAUAAAAAUGAUUCUUAAUGAUACAGUUAUAAAAACAUAGGAGGCUAUUUAUUCCAAAAAAAGAUGAGUGUAAACAUUUUAUUGCAGAAAUGUCAAUCAAUGUAAAAUCAUUGUAAAUGUUUCUGUAAAAAACAUGGCAUAUUUAGAAAGAUUUGGUAAUUUUCUAUAGCAUGAAUUAAAGCCAUGCUUUCA